CAAGUAUCCCACAAAUUCCAUGGACCUUUCUUGUUUUCUUUCCCUUCCCAGGGUUUCCAGUUUCCAAACCUGAUGUGAUCUUGCAGCUGGAAUAAGGGGAACAGCUGUGGGUCUCAGACCUCUAUGGCUCUGAAAAAAAGUGCUCCCGAGAGCUGUCUGCGCAGGUGAUAGGAUGGUGAGUGAGAACGAGGAGACACCCCAGCAGGAAGAUGCUGAGCAAGUAGAACCACAUGGGACGUUAUCAGGAAGACCCAAAGGGAACGUUUCCGGGAGUUGUGCACUCCCAGAAAGAACAAAUGUCUGUGAGACUAAGCACAGGCCAGAGGAAAACUUCAGUAGCCACUCAGACCUUUUUACACGCGAGAGCAUCAACUUGGAAGAGACACGCUACAGACGCCAUAAGUGUGGGAAAAGCUUCAAUGGGAGCUCAGACCUUCUCAUACAUCAGAGAAUCCACAGGGGAGAGAAACCCUACAUGUGCUCUGAGUGUGGGAACAGCUUCAAUCGGAGCUCACACCUUAUCAGACAUAGGAGCAUCCACACAGGAGAGACGCCCUACACGUGCUCUGAGUGCAGGAAAAGCUUCAAUCGGAACUCAAGCCUUAUUAGACAUCAGAAAAUCCACACAGGAGAAAAACCCUACACCUGCUCUGAGUGUGGGAAACGCUUCAGUUAUAACUCAGUCCUCAUCUCACAUCAGCGAAUCCACACAGGAGAGACACCCUACACGUGUUCUGUGUGUGGGAAAAGCUUCAACCAGGGCUCAAGCCUUAUUAGACAUCAGCAAAUCCAUACUGGAUGGACACCCUACACAUGCUCGGAGUGCGGGAAAUGCUUCAGUUAUAGAUCAGCCCUUCGCAUGCAUCAGAGAAUUCACACAGGUGACAAACCCUAUGGAUGCUCUGAGUGUGGGAAACGCUUCAUGGAUCGUUCAGCCCUCAUCACACAUGAAAGAAUCCACACAGGAGAGAGACCCUACAUGUGCUCUGAGUGUGGGAAAAGCUUCAAUCAGAGCUCAAACCUUACCAGACAUCGGACAAUCCACAGAGGAGAGAUGCCCUACACAUGCGCUGAGUGUGGGAAGAGUUUUAAGCAGAGCUCUGCCCUGAUCACACAUCAGAGAAUCCACACAGGGGAGAUGCCCUACACAUGCUCUGAGUGUGGGGAACGCUUCAGUUAUAGUUCAGCCCUCGUCUCACAUCAGAGAAUCCACACGGGAGAGACGUCCUACACGUGCUCUGAGUGUGGGAAAAGCUUCAAUCGGCGCUCCAGCCUUAUUAGACAUCAGAAAAUCCACAUAUGAGAGAACUGUAAUAAAUGCCUUGAUUCCGGCUGGCCAAAGCUUGUUUUUAAAAAAAUCACAAAUGUGAAUUCCCACAGAGCGACCUUUGCACCAGGUUCAGCGUGGUCUCUUAGCUCCUCUAGAUGAGUUGCCCGCUUCUGCCUUUUGCAGCUCCCCAUUCUUUGGGAUCAGUCCUGUGAUUUUUUUUUCUGUCAACUCUUUUCAUUUUAAGUUGUAGGCGUGUGUAUCCCUCCAGCCAGGAAUGUUCUUCACAGGGAGAAGAGGUGGUGAAGAGAGGUUUGAUCAAGCUACACUGAGGUAAAAACUACCUGGGCCUUCCAUCCACUAGGGCUGCACAUGGCAUUGGCUGCUCAAGUUAGUGAUCUUGGUGUAAACAGACAAUUAUAGUUGUAGUGUAGCUGCAGCCCAGGUGCAGUGGUUGGCAUUAGCUUUCCCCUUGACCUGACCUAAACUCCAUCACCUUUCCUAGUCAAAACAAACCCUGAGCAUCACAGUUAUAUUGUCCCCCCAUUUCAAAGCAAUUGUUAAUCAGUGACAAUGAAAUUAAACAUGAAAUUAAUUAGUGUAAUGUAAGAGGCUGAUUCUGUGAUAACUUUGUGUUACAAUAUGAUUCAGGUUUUCUUCUAGUUCUGUCCCUGCCCCCUCCUACUCUGUUGGAAAUGGUGGCUAAUCCUGAAAUUAAAAUCUCACUGCGAAGGAAUUAGAGUGGGGGAAUAUGUGAGAGAAAUAGCAUGCACGAGAAGAGAGACCCAGUACGGCCUGUAAUUAUUUCUAUUUAAAAUGGAAUUUAUUUUGAUAAAUUUUAAAAUAAAUCUUCUGUUAAGAGGAAAAUUACUUGAGACAAGAUGUGCAACCUUUUACCCAUCCUGUACAGGACUGAUAUGUUUUUGUUUGUUGGUUUGUCUGUCUCUCCUCUGGUGGUUGCUUUUUAAUAAAAGAAUCAUUUUGGUUUGAAAGCAA